UUGUUGUCAGCCGGCUGGUGAAUUAACCCCAAAGCACAGAAGCCAUCCGAUUUGGCCAUCUGAGCCAAGUCAGUCAGCCGAAGAACGAAGGACCACGACCACGACAAUUCGCGACGUGUUGUUAUAGACCACAAACCAGAAAACAGAAACUAGAGGUCCUUAAAGGUCCUGUGAUCGCGUGACAAUAAUUGUUUGUGUCUCGGGACCUAAAAAAAAAAAAACAGCGAAAAAAAACACCAGGAAAGUUCGCUGAUUUCAGUGCGCGCUUUUCCAUUAUUUUCGUUUUUUUUUUGUUUUUGUUUUGUUUGCCGGCACAACGCACACCCACACACACCCAGUGAUAAUGUUAGUGAUGAUGAAAAUUCAAUAACAAGUGGAAUGCAACAAAUGCGCAUGAAAUGAAAAAUUUGUCCACACAAGUGUGAAAAACCGAAAAGUAAAAAUCAGAUAAAACUGAGAUAAUCAGCGAGCGAGCGAGGCGAAGCCAAAAAAAAACCCAAUCAACCAAAUAAGCUGGGGGCAAAAGUGCUCAGAGAACGAACUUCCCGUUAAACUUGGAUCUGAAGUAACGAUUUUAGUUGACUCACCUUAGUUUGAUUGAUUGAUUGCGGAGCAAGGACAAAACAGCGACCAAAUGCAAGAUGAACCCGGAUCAACCGAUGCCAAUGCAAACUGGGGCGCCCCCGCCGCCGCCGCCCUCGCAGCUGACCGCUGCCCCGCCCACCGGCUCGAUGGCCACGCCCACAGCGCCGCCACAUUACGGAGGCGGGAUCGGGAUACCGCUACCGCCCACCUCGUCCGCCGGCGGAACCGCCGGCAACUACGUGUCCAUCGGCAUCCUGCCCAGCAUGUCGCCCGCCCAGCUGCCCCCGCUCCUCCUGCCCGCCCCGCCCCCCGCGACGACGACCUUCAAGACCACGCCCCUGCUGCCCAUGCCCACGCUCGAGGACAUUGAGGUGGCCAACCAGACGGGCGGCCAAAGUGGCCAGGUGGUCGUUUCAUUGGCCCAAACUUCGAUGGCGCCGCCGGGUAUUUUGAAGUACCCCACGUCGAGUUAUGUGAGCGAUAUGAUGGCCCCGCCGCCCCUGCCGCUGUCCCUGCCCCUCCCCCUGCCCCUGCCCCUCACCACGAUUGUCAGUACCGCCGGCAGCAACAGCAGCAGCAACAGCAAUUGCGGCACGCUCAAGAGCAAUGCGAAGCUUUUGCCGCUCCAACUGAUGGCCACGCCCCCCAGCCGCAAGGAGGCACUGACGCCCGCCCACCCACAGACGGUCUCGAUUCAAGCCCAGGCACAGGUGCAACACCAACUACAGCAGCAACACCAGCAGCAGCAACAGCAACAGCAGCAGCAGCAACAACAGCAGCAACAGCAGCAGCAACGGCAACGAAAGCGGCAAGGAUUUUGCUCCUGUUUCGGUUCGGGGGGCGGCCGAGGGGGCGGGGGGGAGUGUCCCGGGGAGACCGGAAAGACGCCACCCGGAUACGGAAGCAAGGACAGCAAGAAGAAGAGUCGCAAGGCCACCUCGCAAACGGUGUGGUCCGCCCUCCUCACGAACCUCGGCAUCUGCAUGCUGCUGCUCGCCUACACUCUGCUCGGCUCCUUCAUCUUCCUGACCAUCGAGAACGAGGACUCGGCCCUGCUGCAUCAGCAGCACACUCUGGCCAGCACCAAGCGCCACAUGGCUGGCCUGGGCAUCGGCCUCGGGAUCGGGAACAGUAUCUACCAGCAGAGGACACCGCAGCAGCAGCAGCAGCAAGGACAUCAAGCGGCACAGGGACGUCCGGCGGACAAUGACACGGUGGCCGCCGCCGCCGCCGUCGCCGCCCAAGGAAUGCCGUCAGGAAAUCCCGGCGACUUCGUUUACGGCGUGGACGAUGCGGCGGACUUGGAGGCGGGCGGCAUGCCGCAGUUCGCCCUCUCGCCGGACACCUACGAUGUGCGGCAGCGGACCAUCGAGAAUAUCUGGGACAUCACCGUCUCGCUCAACAUUCUCUACAAGGAGAACUGGACAAAAUUAGCCGCACUUGAAAUAGCCAAGUUUCAAGACCAAUUAAUCAAGAGACUGAACGAGGAUGUUAUGCUGCAAUUAUCGCACGACGAUGUGGCCAACGCCCCCUCCUCCUCCUCGUCCUCGUCCUCGGGCGCCCCUGGUGUUCCGGGGGGCAACAAUCCGGCCACGGAAGCCGUGCUCCUCCACACACACUAUCACCAUCACCGUGCCGGGGGCGUUGGGGGCGUGGCAGUGGGCGGGGGACCGCCGCAUGAGUGGAAUUUUGCCAAAGCGUUUUUGUAUUCGCUGACCGUUUUGACCACAAUUGGCUAUGGAAACGUUGCACCGCGGACGACUCUCGGCAGGAUAGUGACCCUGGCGUACGCCUUCUUCGGCAUCCCGUUGACCCUGGUCUAUCUGAGCAGCACGGGCAGCAUCCUGGCCCGGGUGGCCCGCGAGGUCUUCUCGAAGGCGUUGUGCUGCUGCCUGUGCUCCAACUGCGGCUACUGCUGCUACGACGAGAAGCGGAUGGCCGAGAAGGAGCGCAGGAUGCGGCGGAAGAGGCAGCAGGAGGAGCUGCGCAAGCAGCAGGCCGUGAUGCAGGAGCCCUACUACGUGAGGGAUGUCUUUCAUGCCACGCCCGAAAAGGAUGCGGUGGGCGGAGCCCCGCCUCCGAAUGUGGGCGGUCCGGGAGGAGGAGGGGGAUCUGCUGGCGGUGGCCUCGGCGACAUCGACUCCCUCAGUGCCAGCGAAUCCAGGGGCUCCAUGCACGGCCUGAGUAUCCUGGCCCCCAUACUCCUCUGCUUCUCCAUGAUGAUCAUCUAUAUUGUCUUCGGCGCCGCCGUCUUAUAUCGCUUGGAAAACUGGCCCAUCCUGGAUGGCAUAUACUUCUGCUUCAUGAGCCUGUCCACGAUCGGUUUUGGCGAUAUGCUGCCGGGAUUGCGUAGGGAAUCGAAUGCCACCACCUGGUUUUGUUCGGUCUACAUCAUGUCGGGCAUGACCCUAACGGCCAUGUGUUUCAAUGUCAUCCACGAGGAGAUCGUCCAUCGGAUCCGCAUAGUGGUGGAGUUCAAGAAGACGAGUGCCGCGAACUCCGGCGGCAGUGUUUCAGGUGGUCCAGGUGGCGCCGGUGGUCCUGGUGGCUCGAUGAUGGAUGUGACGCACGAGGAGGGUGGCCAGUACUAUGUGCCGGCAUCUUGACACUACGAGAAGCGAGGGCAUCUCUACCAGCGCAACCCCACCGAAGAGACCCUGGUGACAGACACACCCACAUCGCUGGUACUGAAGGACUAUGUAAACCACGAGCUGGUGCCCAUCCUGACAAUGGAUCCGAAUGGCGCCCGCUUGGCCCCCGCCCCCGCCUACACGCC